UGUUUCUAGAAAACAAAAAUUUUGCUGUCACAGUCAUUGUCAAAAGCACAUGAUGUUUAUCAAAAUUUGCUCACUUUCCUCAGUUUGACAUGCCAGAUUUGCAGUUGAAGAAUGUCUUGCUACGGAUGUGGAGCUAGUUUUGGUCUUUUCAAUAAAGAGCAUGGCUGCAAAAAUUGUGGGUUUGCCUUCUGUGGAAAAUGUUUGACAAAGAAACAUGAAGUUCCAAAACUGAACAAUGAGAAACACAAAGUCUGCAACAAAUGUUACAAUAUUUUAUCAGGGAAGAUAAAACCUGAGGAGAAAAAGAGAGAUGUCUCUCCACCAGAGGCAUAUAAAAAGCGGGUAGCAGCUUUACAGGAGAGACAGGAACAUGGUAAAGGAUCUCCCUCCAAAAAACAAACAGCCAAAGGGACCCCCAAACACCCCUCCCACUCCAGGGCAGAGAGGGAAAUCUCAGAGAGGCUCCAAAAACUCAAGGAGAAAACUCCAGAACAAGUUGCCAAAGAAAAUGUCUCGGAAAAGGAGAUCAAAGAGAGGCUAGCUAGACUAAGGGGAGAGAACCCAGACAACCAAAGCUCUGAUAAAAAACCUGUGUACAGACCACCAGACAAGAGAACUCAGCAGUUACAGGUGGAUGACCUUUUGGAGGAGAUUUCUAAAGAAGUGGAACUAGAAAGUCACUUACCUAACAACAUCACAGAGCUAGAGAACAGACUGACCAACCUCAAAGGAGGAAGAGGUGAAAAUUCCAGCCAGAAUCCUGACAAAGAUGAAAAUGAUCUGAAUCGUGGGGAAGCCAAAGAUACGAAGCCAUACGUAAGGAACAUACCAAGUGAGGAGGGUAAGAAAUCUAAUGAGGAGGGGGGAGAGAUCAGCGCCGAGGAAAUCAAUAAGAUCAUGGAGGAGACAUCAAAGGAAUGUGAGAUGGAGGCAAGGAAGGCCCUGAAGGAUCUAGAGAAAGACAAGGACAUCAUGAAACGACUGCAGGAAAUCAAAAGUCGACGCAAUGAGGACGUAAACAAGCAAGGAGAAAGCUCAGAGACAGAAGAUCCUAACAAACCAGCAGAAAAUUCUGACACUGACAAUGAAGACCAGCAGGCUAGUGAUGUCAUCAAACAGAUCAUGGAGGAAGACAAGUUGGAUGAAGCAGCAGCUAAAGAUGGAAUCUCAAUAAAUCAGAACAGCAAAGUGAAGAAAGCUCCAAAACAAGAGAAGGAAGAGGAUGACGAUGAUGAACUCCCAUACUGCUGUAUUUGUACAGAGGACGCAACAAUCCGUUGUCAUGGCUGUGACCUUGACCUCUAUUGCAACCGAUGUUGGAAGAUGGCAUCACCAAGAAGAGGUAAGAGAACUUCAUCUAAAUCUUCAUCAAGGAGUAGAUCAAGAAGUCGGUCUCGAAGUCGGGGAAGAAAAGUCCCGAAGUCACCACCAUCCACGAGAAAGACCCGAUCCCCUGCACGUUCUAAGGCUGACUCCCCAGGAAGAUCUAAGGUAGCCACGCCAACUCGAGGAAAAGCUGAGUCCCCAGCCAGAAGCAGGAGGAGGUCAGUGGAGCGAGCUGUGACCCCCACCAGAAGGUCAGCCAGACUGGAAAACAAGACAAAGGAUCCAGAGAAGAGAGUGCCAGUUGAGAUGCCUUCUAUGGACGCACCUAGGAGAGUUCCUAAGACAACUCACCGCGAGUUUGGGGGAGCCAUUGGAGCAUUGUUUAUGCUGAUUCUAUUGCCUGCCACAGUAUACGGACUCAAUCUAAUGUGUGUCAAGAAAAGUUGUAAGCCACGUAUGAUCAAGAUUCCCACUGAUCUAAAGUUAUACUUUGACUGGGAAGCGGCAGCGAUUUACUUGGGGUGGUUUGUCUUCCAAUCUGUUAUUUACCUGCUGCCUAUUGGACGAAUGAUCAAAGGUCAGCCACUGAGGUCAGGGGGUCAACUAACCUACAGAUGUAAUGGUUUCUUUGCCCUUCUGAUCAGUUUAGCAGCGUUUGGUGCUGCUGUUUACUUAGGAUAUCCAGUACAGAAAGUACAUGACAAAUUUUUGGCCUUGAUCACCACAGGGACGAUUUUCUCCUUUGUGAUGAGUGUUCUGUUGUACAUCAAAGCCCGGCGUGGUCCCAACAGCAAACUCGCCCCCGGGGGAAACACUGGAAACAUUCUUUAUGACUUCUUCAUUGGACACGAGCUCAACCCUAGGAUUGGUAACUUUGACCUGAAGUUUUUCUGUGAGCUCCGCCCUGGCUUGAUUGGUUGGUUGAUGAUUAACCUGGUUUUCCUGACCGAGGCAUACCGUCAGUCUGGUUCCCUACCCCCAGCCCUCACCAUGGUGGUGGCAUUCCAGGGUCUUUAUGUGGCAGAUGCUCUCUGGUUUGAGGAUGCCAUCCUGACUACAAUGGACAUCAUUACAGAUGGCUUUGGAUUUAUGCUGGUGUUUGGGGACUUGGUCUGGGUACCAUUUCUUUACUGUCUACAAACCCGCUUCCUGGCAGAGCAUGGGGAAUCCCUACCCUGGUACUGUCUGGCUGGCAUCGCAGUCCUAAAUUUUGUUGGAUACGCAAUAUUCAGAGGCAGCAACUCUCAGAAAAAUGAAUUCAGAAAGAAUCCCUACAACCCUGCAUUAGCUCAUUUGGAGACAAUCCCUACAUCAACAGGAAAGAAGCUCUUGGUGUCUGGCUGGUGGGGACUCUGUAGAAAGCCAAAUUAUUUAGGAGACAUUCUUAUGGCCCUGUCUUGGUCAUUAGCAUGUGGUUCCAGCACACCCUUGCCGUAUUUCUACCCAGUGUAUUUCACGAUCCUGUUGGUUCACAGAGAAAUGCGAGACUCGGAGAGCUGUGCCAAGAAGUACAAGGCUAGCUGGGACCGCUACUGUGAGCGAGUCAAAUACAGGAUCUGUCCUCUUGUCUACUGAAAGAAUGUUCUCGGUGUUGAAAAUUUAAGUUUUAAUGCAUUGGACUUGUUUUAUUUCAUUUCAUUUAGGGACAGUACAUUUUACAGAAAUAUCGUUUUUAUUAAAAAGUACUUGUGUAUGAUUUUAAUGUCAGAAAAGUUUUAUGAGGGGGAAAAACAGCAGUAUUUAAAAAUUUUUUUUCAACUUUUUAUGAUUAGGGGCAAUAUGACAUUUUUCUCAGGGCUGUAUAAGUAUUGGGUUAUCUGUACUUAAGUUGCCAUGGGUGUUCAUGUAUGAGUGUCAUACGUAAAACAUUUUUAUUUAUUCAUCCCAUUUCUGUAGCAGAAAUGAUAUAGUAAACAUUUAGUUUUCAAAAUUAUGUGCAAUUUCAUUUUCAUGUCCCAUAUAUUCUGUAAAUAUUGUAAAUAUUUGUACAUAAAUGUGUGUGCUAAAAGAAAUUGUUUUUAAAUGUUAAUGUAUAUGCUAUGUGGCCUACAUUUCCAAUUUUUAUCAUGAAACACCAGGAAUUUUGAGUUAUGAAUUCUUUAUUAUUUUUGCUGAAAUUUAGUAGAAAAUAUUGACAAAAAAUGUGUAUGCUCUAAAGAUAUUCCUUUUUAAGCAGUCGUACAUCUGAAUGAAACAAAAACCUAUGCUCCAAGUAAUGUUAAUAAGAAGUAAAUCCUUCCAAAACUUUAAAAAUUACUAUUGUAAAGUGUCAAAGAUUAAAAAAUUUAAAGCUAA